AUGAUUCCGUUUUUCAAGGAACGGUUCGCUCUGGUCGUGCUCGUCCUGGCUGUCUGGACACUCGAGGGUCAUGCUGAGGACAAGAGGAAAGACGUUGCAUCAGGCCCCGGGGUUUCCCCGCGUCGCUCCAAGCGGCUGGUCGGUGGGAGGCUCUCAGCUCACGUUCCCUGGCAGGCCUUUGUCCACCUCAGUGAGGGGCAACUGAACGGAGGCUUCGGAGGAGGAGCCCUCAUCACCGACCGCUGGGUCCUGACGGCUGGAAGAAACCUUUUCGUGAAUAAGGACAGAGAGGACAUCCCAAGACCAAUUCUUCAUUUCCCCAAAAUUUACUUGGGAAUCAAAGACAGGUCUGAAGCUAAUGAAUCCAAUGAGCACCCUGUAGAAGAGGUCCUCGUUCAUCCACUUUUCCAAAAACUAUCCCACUGGGACAACGACCUGGCUUUGAUCAAGCUGCAGCGGCCCGUGCUCAUAAAUGAAAAAGUGACCCCGAUCCCCCUCCCAGACAAGUGCCAGGACCUCAGCAACACCACCGGAAAGUCAGGGGUUAUCACAGGCUGGGGCUUGGGGGCCCUCCUCAGCCCUGCUCCACAUCUCAAACACCUUGUUCUCCCCCUGGUUAACCAGUCCGAAUGCAAGUCAGUGUAUGACAGGGAUCCAGAAGCACCGAACAUAGAUGACAGUAUGAUCUGCACCGGAGCCUCCAAGUUUGAAGAGAACGUCUGUUUUGGCGAUGCCGGAAGUGCCCUGGCAGUCACCGAUCCUGAUAGUGGGGACGUGUACGCUGCAGGCAUCCUCUCCUUUGACAAAUCCUGCAGAGUCAAGCCGUUCGCAGUCUACACGAAGCUUUCUGCGCACCUGCCCUGGAUCCAAAAAGUCACCAGAGGAGACACAGAUCAAUCGAUCAAUGUGCGCACCGCUGCAAUGUCUAAGAUGAUUUCCCAGCAGCUAUAG